AUGUCUGCUGAACAUGCCAGCUCAACACCACAAACACAAUCUUCUGGAUUGGCUGUGGCCUCAGGACCAUCAGCUUCAGGGGGUACGUCUCAAACCAACUCUAAUGGACAGGAUACAUCCCAACAAGUCCUGGCAACAGCCUGUAUUAGCAUUGUCAAAGAUUACAGGCGCUCACGAACAUCCAAAAUCGAGGCAAAUGUUGCCCUCAUUGAAACCAUAUCAGCUGAGUUAUUCUCUACACCGGAACAAUGUGUCUCAACUGUCGCCGGACCCUACCUUGACAUGCUUAAUGAGGUUGAAUCAGAGCAUGCCUGUUCAGGAGACAACCCAACCAGGCAACCAAGAGUGCGUGUGGAUGAACCAGCACAUGUCAACGAAGAAGCCCCUGUACCAAAGGAUAGGAGUAGAGCGGGAUCUAAUGAGCCAGGAGAACCUGCUCGCAAAUGUCCCAAGCUCGAUUAUUCGUCCAUCAAGGCAGCUGUUAGAACCAGAAGGUAUCAACCGCUCUCACCUAGUCUCAAGUGUACCAAUGAGAUACUCAAGAACUGGUCGCAAGACCAAAAGGAGAUUCAACGAUACCUCAUGUACCACAAGUACGCACCUGAGUUCCAUAAAAGUGGAUGGGCUGAAAUUGUCGCUGGGGAAUGUAUCAACCUCAACGUUGCCCACAACCAUCAUUACCUCUUCUUGAGCGAAGCAGCUUCAAGGAAAAUCACCACUGACUCUGACUGGUCAGCAGCAUGGAACAAAGCAGCUGAUUCCAUCAAGUUCAGUUUCCCUCAUCAAGAGGCUGAACUCAACGGAUACUUUUCAUUCAUCUCCAAGUACUUCUCUCAAUCCAAUCCAUCAGCCCAUGGAAGAGUCAUUCGCUUCGAUAAAGCUGUUAGAAACAGGGUUGGAUCUUCGUGGAGACUCAAACUCACCAAUUUCAGGGAGUUCAAAGAUCUUAUCUUCUCGCAUUUUGACUCAGAUGGAAAGCAAUGCAAUGACACUGCAGAUUCAAAGUCCAAUUCUGGAGGAUCAUAUGCUGGAGGGUCAACCGGAUCCAACAAACGUGAUCCCUGUCGGAAGUGGAAUACAGGCUUUUGGCCUUGGGCUGAUGUGCCGGAUGAUUCAUAUCCUUCAACUAACGACAACUCAAUGCGGACUUGUCAAAAGACUGAUGACCAGUUGCUGUUCAUCGAGGCUCAAUUACAGGAAGAGAUUCGUUUGGGACAUGUCUCUGAAAGCUUUGGACAAGACUUACUCCCUGGCAUGUACAGUGUGCCCAUGCAUACAGUUCCCAAACCCAACUCUGAUAAAUUGCAACUCGUAGUCGACCACACAGCUGGUGAUUAUUCCCUUAACUUGAUGAUCAAUUCAGACUCCAUCAAAGGCACAAAUGGUCUGCACCCACUGGGUGCCUUGCUCCUUCAAUUCCAUGAGAACAACCCAAACGAAGAGCUCAUAAUGUUCAAAUCUGAUGUCUCACAGGCUUUCUGA